GCAAGCCGCCGGCUCGAGCCAGACGCCGCCGCUUGGACGCUGCCGUAGCCAUUUUGCAAGAAUAACAAGGCCUGCGGGACCUCUCCGCCCAGCCCUGCAGCGCAGCUUCUGCCGCGCAGUCAUAUAGGAGCCCUGCCCUCUUGGACCUCUUGGAAGCCCCCGCCGCCGACGCGCCGCGCACGCGCACAGGACACUUGGGACGCCGCCGACGCACCGCGCCGCGCGCAUAGGACACCUGGACGCCAGCCGCCGCGAGCGCACGCAGCCAUGAGCGAGUGGCAGGUCCAGCCCGCCCAGGCGCGCAAGGAGCGCCAGGCCAAUAAAAAGCCGGCCUGGCGUGUGGCCGCGGACCACGCGUGGGAGCGGUCCGGCGCGCGGUUCAUGAUGCAGCAAUUGGCGGAAAAGGAGGACCCGCCGCCUUACUUAUUACUGGUCGUACUGACGGGCCUGCCUGGCAGUGGUAAAUCACUCCUAGCCGCCCAGUUGCGAGCUAGAGGAUUCUCGCUCGUGUGCCAAGAUUCACUAGGAUCAAGACAAGCGUGCGAGGACGCCGUGACGGACCUGAUGAAGAGAGGAAGACGGUGUGUGGUGGAUCGAUGCAACCACACGAACCAACAAAGGGACCUCUGGGUCGAGCUCAUGAAAAAACACGCCCCAAAGGACAAGAACGCCGUGGCAUUAGUACUCCACUUGGAUGAAGAUGUGGAGACGUGCAAACAAAGAGUUCUACAGAGGAAGAACCACAAAACCUUACCUCCGGUCCCUGCUUCCAAGGCCGUCGUCGACGACUUUCAGAGGAAGUUCGAGGACCCUACCCAGGACCGGGUCUGGUCUGUUGAGGGGGACUGGUCGCCCCAAUCACUCGCGCUGGCCGUGGACCUGCGGGGCGUUCUUGACGAGGUUCCUGUUGACGCGCUGAAGCCGCCGCCGCCGCCGUCUUCGGCUGACGGUGCGGUCGCGCGGCUCGUCGCGAUGGGCUGGUCGCAGCAGGUCUGCGAGGCCGCGUUGUCUAUUUCGAACAAUGAUGAAGCGGCCGCCGUCGAUUUGUUAUUGGGGCACUCGGCGCAGGAGGUCCUCGCGCUGGCGACGGAGUCGUAAUCUAUAAGCUUGGAAAUUUAGUUCACACAAAAAUCAAAACCAAAG